AUGAACGCCUCAGACGAGCAAGAACUACUAGCUACAGAACAUGCCGGGAUUCCCCUUGAGACCCCCCGGAAAAGACGGCGCAUGACGAACCCACAUAGAUCACUUCCCUCGAAUGAUGACCGGCCACCCUGGCUUGACCUGCAGUCGCAGCCGCCGUUCCUGCCGCCCGCAGAUCCUCUUCACUCCCCGGCGGCCGGCGGCUGGCACGCAGACGGCUUCUCGCCGGAUCCCGGGUUUCUUGCCUCGCAGGAAGAAUUGCGCUGCAUACUUUUCUCGCUAGCCCAUUCCGCUAUACCAACGGGGGCGACAAGUCCAGAUGCUCUCAACCUUGAUAGAGCGGGGGAUACAGCGUCCUCUUCAUCGCAGCCUCACCGCGUAUACCGAGAGUCGCUUCGUUCCUGCAGGCGGAUUGAAUAUCUGAAGAACUACGUAGCCGAGGUCGCACCAUGGCUCGAUAUGUUCGAUUCGCAGUGCACUUUCCGCCACCAGCUCCCUGCGCUGGCGCAGACUUUCCCUGCGCUCUCCUACGCUAUCCUAGCUAUCUCUGCUCGACAAAUGGAGCGCAAACAGGGCAUCUGGGAUCUGGUGGACAGUCUCGAGCUAUACCAAGAAGCCAUCACGCUGCUGAGCCCGGUCCUUCAGGUGCGCGACCCACGAAUCGUCGCGGCUUGUGUACUUCUUUGCUGCUUGGAAAUGAUGUCCGCGCGGGCCCAGGACUGGCGGCGCCAUCUCGAAGGGUGUGCAGCUUUGUUCGAUGCAUUCAGAAUCCAUGGAUUUAGCAAUGGACUGUUACGGGCCGUGUUCUGGUGCUAUGCUCGGAUGGAUCUUUGCGGAGCUUUAAUCUCAGAUGGCACCCAAACCACACUUUUGGAUCCUUCCAAGUGGUUGCCCUCAGGCAAGCAAUACGAGGAUGCAUAUCAGUUGUUUCACAAUGACCAAUCACCCGACAUGCACGCCAAUUACGCAGUGUAUCUGUCGGUUAAAGUGACUGAACUCAUCUCCGAUCGCACGAAAUUUGUUGAAUUGGGCGAGAAAAACGGGUGUACUCCAGAGCAAUUCUCGUCCCGGUGGAUUACACUGUGGAGUGAUUUGCAAAAAUGGCUUGCUGAACGGCCUGCUGAGCUGCUGCCGAUUCAGAUUGUUGACCACAAGCCUUUCCCACAUAUCCUCUUCAUUCACUGGGCUGCCAUUUCCUCAAACCAGCUAUACCACACGGCGUGCAUCUUGUUGCUUGAAACGAUGCCAAAGAGUAUCCACCUGCCGCGAACGUCGAAUCUGUCUCUAUUAUGGCACGCACGGCAUAUUGUCGGCAUCUCGCUGGUCAAUUCGCAUCAUGGGUGUUUGAACAAUGCCAUCCAACCACUGUGGAUUGCGGGAAGGCUUUUCAGCCAUUCGUCGGAGCACGAACGAAUAAUCCAACUAAUUCAAGACAUCGAAGCUGAGACGGGGUGGGGGACAUGCUGGCGCAUCCGUGACUUGGAACUGGCGUGGGGUUACAGCCCUAGUCGAAAACCGGACAUGGGUGGUCCAUUUCCCAACGUAGCCGAAGGGGAAACAAAUGCCGUCUGA